AUGUUGAUCUUAAAAGUUGACCAGGGUUUUUUGGUUGUGGGGUGUCUACGAGGCAUGGCUCCGUUCUUCGCUUGCUUCAUCUUGUCCUGCGUGUCUACUGUGUGGGGGAAUCAGCAGGGUGACAGCAGCAUCUACCUGGACAACAUCACGCGUAUUUUGGAUAGAUUACUGGAUGGCUAUGACAAUAGGUUGCGACCUGGAUUUGGAGGUCCAGUCACGGAGGUCAAGACGGACAUCUUUGUCACCAGCUUUGGGCCGGUUUCAGACGUGGAGAUGGAGUACACCAUGGACGUGUUCUUCCGCCAGACCUGGAUCGACGAGCGGCUGAAAUUCGAGGGCCCCAUCGAGAUCCUGCGGCUGAACAACCUGAUGGUCAGCAAGAUCUGGACCCCGGACACCUUCUUCCGGAACGGCAAGAGGUCCAUCUCUCACAACAUGACCACCCCCAACAAGCUGUUCCGCAUCAUGCAAAACGGAACAAUCCUCUACACCAUGAGACUGACCAUCAACGCGGAGUGUCCGAUGCGUCUGAUGAACUUCCCGAUGGACGGCCACGCCUGCCCGCUGAAGUUUGGCAGCUACGCCUACCCCAUGAGUGAGAUCGUCUACACCUGGAAGAAGGGCCCGCUGUCCUCCGUGGAGGUCCCCCAGGAGUCCUCCAGCCUCCUGCAGUACGACCUCAUCGGGCAGACCGUUUCCAGCGAGAGGCUCAAGUCCAACACGGGUGAAUACGUCAUCAUGACCGUCCACUUCCACCUGCAGAGGAAGAUGGGCUUCUUCCUGAUCCAGACCUACAUCCCCUGCAUCAUGACCGUCAUCCUGGCCCAGGUGUCCUUCUGGAUCAACAAGGAGUCCGUCCCUGCCAGGACCGUGUUCGGGAUCACCACGGUACUCACCAUGACGACGCUCAGCAUCAGCGCCCGCCACUCGCUGCCCAAGGUGUCCUACGCCACCGCCAUGGACUGGUUCAUCGCCGUGUGCUUCGCCUUCGUCUUCUCGGCGCUCAUUGAGUUCGCCGCCGUCAACUACUUCUCCACGCUGCAGGCCAACCGCGAGCUGCGCAAGGCGGCCGCCAUGAAGGUCGCGGCCCAGGAGGCCGCCGUGGCCGCCGCGACGUCGACGGGGUCCGGGAACGAGGGGGACGCCACCUCGAUGGACUCCAGCAGCGUGCUGAAGAAGAGGAUGAACUCCACCCUUCCGUUCGAGCGGCCGGCCAAGACCUACCCCAACCCGCCGGUCAACGCCCAGGCCUUCCUGCAGCAGGGGUCCGCCGUGCCCGCCAACAGCGUGCUCACUGGCACCAGCAUCAUCGACAAGUACUCGCGCAUCCUCUUCCCGCUGUCGUUCGGCGCCUUCAACCUGGUCUACUGGAUCGUCUAUCUCACCAAGGACACCAUGGAGAUGUCCAGGUGA